AUGCUUUCAGCGUGUAAUCCCUCGGUGCGUCACGUGAUCAGUCCAGGCGUUAAAGGAAACACUUGCUGUGCAGAUCUGAAACAUCACGAGAAUCAGCUCUCCACCAAUCACGUCGUCCCUGUCCCCCCGAUACUGGACCACGGCGCCAUCCCUCUCGUCCUCCGCUCACACUCACCUCUCUGCUCUCUGCAGCAGACAUCUUGGUUUUUACCUGCUGACAUCACACUCAGAGUCGUCCUCCAGAGGCGGGCCACCCUGUUGCCCAGGGUAACCAGGUGUAGAGUACAGCAGGCUCUGGAGGCUGUGUCAUCAGAGACUGGUUCAAAUCCAGAAACCACAGCAGAGGAGCCGAGGAUCCCGACACAACAUGUCUGCAGGUCUGGAUUCAGUGAGAUGGAGUCAGAUCAGUCCUGCAACAGAGACACCAGAGCAGCUCCGCCUUCACCUGAGAAACAUCAGCCUGGAAGAAACAUGACAGCUUUACUGAAGAGAAUCAGGAUUCACCCGGAGGCCCAGAGGAUUCUGGGUAACUCCUUCAUACCUGUGGUGACCCUGGAGCGUCUGAACCUCCGGUCUGUGUGGUUAUCAUGUCUGCAGCCUGUGGUCUCUCUGGUGAGACUGCCAUGUCAAACACGAGACAAACUCCAUGACCUCACUUCCUGUGUGGAUCGACCUCAGCAGAACGGAUUCAGUCACCACGAGGACAACACUUCAUCACCUCAGUCUGAUCUCAGCCAAUCAGAGCUCACCUUGACCUCGUGGACCGAACCGAUCUGUCCUGACAGCUCGCCCUCUGAAGAACCAGAGCAGGACUCAGGCUUCGACUGCGACUCGAAUCCAGAUCAGACCUACAUCCUGUUUGACUCUGACGAGUGGGACCCUGUUGGGAAAACUGAGACUUUUUAUCUGGAUCCAGAUCCUGAACAGACCAUGGUGAUCCAGCUGGAUCCAGAACCAGACGCAGACCAAGCGGAUCCACCUCUGCAGCUGGAGGAUGAGAUGAAAUGUGAAGUGGUUCAAAUGGACGACGGUGAAGAUCAGAAACCUGAUCUCUAUAGCUCUCAGGUAGAAGAGGAGGAGGGGGAGUCCCUGCAGAGGCCUGGACCUGGAUCAGAGACUGGGGAGCUGGAGGAUGAAACCAAAUGUGAAGUAGUUCAGAUGGACGAUGGUGAAGAUCAGAAACCUGAUCUCUACAGCUCUCAGGUCAAGCAGGAGGUAGAGAAGGAGGAGGAGGAGGUAGAGGAGGAGUCGUCAUCCCUGCAGAGGCCUGGUCCUGGAUCAGGGACUGAGGAGAUGGAGAGUGAAGAUUUCUGUGCUGUUUGUCUGAACGGAGGAGAUCUGCUCUGCUGCGACCGCUGUCCCAAAGUUUACCACCUGUCCUGUCACAUUCCUCCGCUCAUCAGCUUCCCCCUAGGUGACUGGGCGUGUACGCUGUGCAGAGGUGAUCAGGAGCCUGUGGAGACGUACGACUGUGAGAACAAACCGUCCUGUGGAGGAGUCAAAGCUCCGUACACACUGUCCAAUCAGGACCAGAGGAGGUGUGAGAAGCUGACCAUUCUGCUGUACUGUCACACCCUCAGCGCUCCGUUCCAUGAACCCGUCAGCGUCCUGGCCAGAAAUUACUACCAGAUCAUCAAGAGGCCCAUCGACCUGUCGCUGAUCCGCAGGAAACUGGACAAGAGCAACACGCUGCACUACUUCACCGCUGAGCAGUUUGUUGAUGACGUCCUGCUGAUGUUUAAAAACUGCGCUACCUUCAAUUACCCGGACUCGGAGGUGGCUCAGGCCGGUCGGAGCCUGGAGGUGUUUUUCCUGGACAAACUGAAGGAGAUUUUUCCCGACCGGACGUUCCAGUCGGCGAGCCAGGACCGGACGGACAGAGCUCGCCUCCGCUGGCUCAGCAGGAAGAGGAAGGAGAACUACAGGAAGAGGAGAUUCGUGUUCAAGGGGAAAAAAUAUUACCUGUAACUAACACCUGCAGAGACGCUCUGUAUGUUGAUGCCUUAAAGCUUUUUAAUAGAGUUUAAAGUUUAUUCUGAAAACAGGAGUUUUGUAUGAAGAGAAGGACGUUCAGGGGAACUCAUCAGGUUCAGUCAUUUUUCAUAUUUCAGGUAGAAACUUAUU